UCUCUUAUCCAAGCAUCUGUUUCUGUCCAUCGGCUUAACACAUUCCGAGAACUUCUACGUGAAGGAGCUAUGUAUGAGCUUAGUGGAUUUGAUGUGACUAGAAGCAACUCUCAUUUCAAGCUCUGUGAUUCUGUUGUGUCUAUCCGGCUGAACGAGUUUACAAAGAUGGUUGAAGUGGCCGCAGUUGCUAAUCCGAUCCCUACUGAGAUGUUAGCUAACACUAACGUUCAUCUUCCAGACAUCAUUGGUGAGGUUUCUGAUAUCAGGAAAACGUACAAUGAUCACGCUCAGAGAACUCAGCGAGUGAUGGUUACUAUCAAACGAUGCAACUGUGUGCGUCAGUGUUUUCGACAGUGUAGCUGAGCUACUCCACAAGAGGCUGGAGGCUGGUGUUGUCCAACCUAGAGUGAUGGUGGCUACGAACAUCAAUCCUAAGUUUGUAGGAGGUCGACUUUAUCUCAAUGCUACCUCUGGGACUCAUUUUUAUUUUGACAAUGAGGUGACAGCAAGCCGGACUCUCUUUGAGCAGUUGUCUACCAGACCUGAAAACGACACCACAAGUGGGAAGCAAUAUCGUGGUGUGAAGAAGCUGGAACCAGUUUCGCUUGGGGAGCUGAACAACUACGUCCUGAAUUCACCCCCUCAGUCCACCGAAUUCCUCUGCAAAGCCAGAAUUGUGUCGUUGGAGACUACCAACGGAUGGUGUUAUAUCUCAUGUGCUAAGUGUUCCAAGAAGCUCCAGCGAGGGAUAUCCUCUUCCACUUGCACAACAUGUUUUAAUGCCAGUGUUGUUGGAGUUGUCAGGUACCGUGUUGAGAUGCAUGUGGAGUCGGGUGAAGAUACAGCUGUGUUUGCUGCAUUCAACUAGCUAUGUCUAAGCUGAUAGGUGUCAGGGCUGCAGAGGUUGCAAACCCUAUGGGACAAGGAGAAGAAGACCCACUAGGCUAUCAAAUCCCUCAGUUCCUACAAGACAUUGUUGGGAAUGCAUACAUAUUCCAUCUGAAGCUCACUGAAUUUAAUUUCUCUGGUAACCAUAAGUCCUUCACUGUUGCCAGGAUCUUUGAUCCCAAUGAUAGGAUACCAGGUCCUACUUUUGCACCCCAUGGUGGUGACCACAACCCUGGUGAUGAUAUGCCUGGAAGUAAGUGUGCUUCUUCCAAGUGCCAUGUCGGUUGCUCCUCUGGCGGUGAUUCCAGUGAAGAUGGUGAAGCUCAGCAGUGAGCAGCAGGACUCUGUUUCUGAGAAUGUUCAUGGCGAUGCAUCAGGUUCACCUGAUGAGAAUCCAGCAAAGAGGGCGCGUAAUGCAUAGCUCUUGAGCAAUCAGACAUGAAGAACUAAGCCAACGUGUGGGCAGACGCUUGUCUUUUGUUCCUCAGUCUGUAUCAGGACAGUUGGUCCACUAUCUAAGUUAUUUCC